UGCGCCGAAUAAACAUCGUAGUUCACCGAUAAUAGCCGAAGUCGUAAGGUGGCGAACGCGACUAUUGAUGCGAGUGAGACAGAGGAACCGUAUGAGUGCGCUAUAGUGAAGCGACGUCACUGUCGUCGAAUACGUGCAAAAGAAAAUCGGGGUGAUUUCAAGACGCUCACGUAUCUCGUCCCUUAAACCAUCUUUAUUCGCAAAAAAGCCCUCUGUCAAAGUGCUGUGUUCUUCGCACGCGUCUGUGUAUAAGAUUUCCGGAAGAAAAGAGAAAAAACUAGUACGUAUACUCGGUCGGAGUAGCAAGUAGUGCGAUGUAUUACGUGUGUGCCGGCGUCUAGGAUCUACGUUCACGUUCUCGCGUAAUCGGUGACUAUUUAUCGCGUCGGUUAUACUAUUCGUGUUAUUGUUCCCGUGGGCAAAAAGUAGCCAUGCGAAAAAGCGAUAAAUCAGUAAGUGGCCUGUGGCAGCCAUUUUCCAGAUGAGUUUUCCCCUUUCUUUCGAUAAGCAAAGUGCGCUAUGUCGUGAAAGAGAAAGAAAUCGCAAAGAAGAAAACCGGUGCUUUUAUUAUGUGUUGCGAGGUACGUUGAAAAUAUUCGUUGGAGCAUAUAAGAAAGAAUUAUCUAGGGAAGUAGCAAAGAAGAACGCUCGUUUGCGUGUAUGCGUGUAUGCGAUCAAGUCUGAGUGGGGGAGGGGGGGUGAACAAUACAGAGACCCCCCAUUGCCGUGUGUUCGUCUGUUCGUAAUCACGUAUUACGAGCGUUCCUGUGACUUCAUGAUGUCAGGCCUAGUUUACAAGUAGAAAUUCAUUUUCGUCUCGGUAACCUGAAGCGAAUCGCGCGAUGAGAAAACGGCUUUAAGUAUUUUCACCGCACAACAGGUACACGAUUUAUCAUAUGGCUCCUUUUCAUUCACGGGGCUAACAUAACCUCACCAUUCUAUUUGUUGACUAACCAAUUGCCACUGUUUCUAGAUGUGUUCUUAUUUGUGGGGUUAAUUAGAAUAUCUCAUUCUAUCAUUAUAAAUGAUUAUGUGGUAAAAUAGUGUUGUGGGAAUAAGAUGAUUCUAUUGGUGUAUUACCAUUGAUCAGAUCUAAGUUUACUUGUGCGUUCAGAGUGAUUAUUUUGGUGAAGACUUUAGUGAUGUGAUGUAACAGAACAAGUUGGAUAUCAGUGUAAUAAUGUAGCGGCAACUUUACAGAUGGAUAAACAGGGAUGACUGAUAAUUGCUGGAAUUCUGGUGGUGAUCUUUACGUUUUGAAGUUGCCCGAGUCCGAAUAUGAUGAAAUCCGGUGUAGAAAAGUAUGUAUGCGCUGGCGUCAAGAUGGAGCACUUUCAGGCCGCCCUGGACCCAAGGAAGCAGGAGUUAUUGGAGGCUCGCUUUCUCGGAGCAAGGAUGUCUGCUGGGUCACAAAUUCAGAUGGCACCUCAAUCAACCGUAAACUCUGGUCAGUCGGUUCAUAGUCAAGACUCGAACAUGAGCACCGGCUCAUCGCAUAGUGAUAAGGAGGUAGAUCCAAAUACUCCUGAGAAAGUACCAAGAACUCCUUCAGAAAGGAAAAGAAAACGUAAAGCAGAUGAUGGAGGUGGUGGAGUAACUGGAGGACCUAUAGGAAGCAAAGGGUCCAGAUCGGUGAUUGCUCUUGAGAAUAAAAAGAUCAAUGAUUAUUUUCCAAAGCACCACUUAGGCAAUAGUCCCAUUAGGCAUGGGGGCGCUAAGAGUCCCUCCCCUCAACAGGGGUAUCCUAUGUAUCCACCAUCACCUCAACAACUCCUUUCACCGCAAGUAACAACACCCAAUUCUUCGGUGGCCGAAUUUUCUUCACUGAUGCAGCCACCAAGACCUCAUCCUCAACCUCCACCUCCUCCUCCACCAGCCUCUACACAACCUGCAGGCUCAAUGGUCAGCAAGCAGGUGCAGGUAAGGCCUACCAACCUCAGUAGGACAAGCCAGGUCAGGCAAGCGAAGACUAACACCCCAAAUACAGAACUUACUUGCCAGAGGAUACAGGAAUUCGAAACCCAAGCCUCGUCGGAUUUAGAAUUACGAAAUAAUAAAAUUGAUGAAUUAAAUAGAACAACAGACGAACUUAGGCAUCAAAUGGCUAACCAGCAAAAAGUAAUCGAGCAGCACAAAUCCCAUAUAAAUAAGUGUAUAGAUGUUGUAAAGAAAUUACUGAAAGAAAAAUCAAACAUAGAAAAAAAAGAGGCUAGACAAAAAUGUAUGCAAAAUAGACUAAGGUUGGGUCAAUUUGUAACGCAAAGGGUGGGCGCGACGUUUCAAGAGAAUUGGACGGACGGUUAUGCGUUUCAAGAAUUAGCAAGACGGCAAGAGGAGAUAGCGACUGAACGUGAAGAAAUUGAUAAACAAAAAAAGCUUCUACUCAAAAAGAGGCCGUCGAACAGUGAAACUGGUAGAAAACGUAGUCAGCCUCAACCUUCGUUGCAUAAUGGCACGGAAGCUACAUUCUUAAAGCCAGAUGCAGUACCUGGAUCUUAUACGUGGCAAGAGUAUUACGAAGCUGAUGAAAUACUCAAGUUGAGACAAAGCGCGUUGAAAAAGGAGGAUGCAGAUUUACAACUGGAAAUGGAAAAACUCGAAAGAGAAAGGAACUUACACAUCAGAGAGCUGAAACGUAUUCACAACGAGGACCAAUCGAGAUUUAAUUCUCAUCCUGUAUUGAACGAACGUUACCUUCUACUAAUGUUGUUAGGAAAAGGUGGUUUCAGUGAGGUGCAUAAGGCAUUUGACUUAAAGGAGCAACGAUACGUCGCUUGUAAAGUGCAUCAACUAAAUAAAGACUGGAAAGAGGAUAAGAAAGCUAAUUAUAUUAAGCAUGCGUUACGAGAGUACAAUAUACAUAAGGCUCUUGAUCAUCCUCGCGUUGUGAAAUUGUAUGAUGUGUUUGAAAUUGACGCCAACUCUUUUUGUACUGUCUUGGAAUAUUGUGAUGGCCAUGAUUUAGAUUUUUACCUCAAGCAGCAUAAGACUAUACCAGAAAGAGAAGCAAGAUCUAUUGUUAUGCAAGUUGUAUCUGCAUUAAAGUACCUCAAUGAAAUAAAACCCCCAGUCAUACAUUAUGAUUUAAAACCAGGUAAUAUAUUAUUAACCGAAGGUAAUGUUUGCGGAGAGAUAAAAAUUACAGAUUUCGGAUUAAGCAAAGUAAUGGACGAAGAAAACUACAAUCCAGACCAUGGAAUGGAUUUAACAUCUCAAGGAGCUGGUACCUAUUGGUAUCUACCGCCAGAGUGUUUUGUUAUUGGUAAAAAUCCUCCUAAAAUAUCGUCAAAAGUUGAUGUAUGGAGCGUGGGCGUUAUAUUUUAUCAAUGUCUUUACGGCAAAAAGCCUUUUGGACAUAAUCAAUCCCAGGCUACCAUUUUAGAAGAAAAUACAAUUUUGAAAGCCACUGAAGUUCAGUUCGCGAAUAAACCAACAGUUAGCAACGAAGCAAAGAGUUUCAUAAGAAGUUGCCUAGCAUAUAGGAAAGAAGAGCGCAUAGAUGUAUUGACAUUAGCUAGACACGAAUAUUUACAACCUCCAGUGCCAAAGCAUGGCCGGCAAGCGAAUAAUCAACAGCAGCAGCAGCAGCAACAACAAAUUCAGCAACAGCAGCAAACGUCGUUUAGCAUUGGCAUGUUUAGUGGUAUGAACGCGUCGAGCAGUUCGUAGUGGAAAGGAACUAAAGGGAGAAAUCUUCGAUACGCUGAUACAUGCCAAAUCUUGAACACUGAACUGCACACCAUCUCAUCUUAGCGAUUGCUAUAACGAAUUGUAAAUAAAAAAAAAAAGAAACCGGAAUAGUAUCACCACUACCACCUCCACUUAUCACCACCACACCUCUACAACUACACUUACAGGCCGACAACUACAUAGGACAUUUGCAAGAGAGAUGCGAGACUGGUCGCCGCAAGUCCAGGAGCCUUGCGUCUUUCUAGAAGACAAGUUUAUUCAGCAUGACAAAAGAAAACGAAAAAAAAAAAUAAUAAUAAUGAUAAUGUUGUGUUCGUAAAUAUUCAAUUGUAUUAUCGUUCCUUGUAUCAAAACACACAGUGGGCUGACUCGAUAAAUAGUGAAAGAAAACGGAUAAACAUGUGAUAAGUCAUUGUGAAUUAAAAAAAAAAAAAGAAAAAGUGAAGCACGGCGACAGAAAAAUUAUUGCAAGUGAAAACGAAGAAAUUACUCGGUGAAGAUAAAAAAUAAUAUGUCAGAGCAGUUUUUCUCUCGAGGGACUUUGCUUAUCUGCGGAGACGUUCCUCUCUUCUGAUGAUUAAACGUAUGCAUGAAUGAGUGUGACCGAAAGAUUGUUAAAACUAGCGUGCGUGUAUAUAUUUAUACUAUAUAUAUAUAUAUACUAAUAAAUCGGAUAUAAUAUAUAUAUAUGGUGUAAAGAAACAAGGACAAGCAUUGACAGUGGAAAGACAACUGUGGUGGAUCCUCGCAUGACCUCCGUGCAGUCAAGUAUUCCAUGAAUAUUUGACUGCAUAUCAUGUUACUUUAUUCAAAUAUUAACAUUAUUACUUAUAUCAUGACUAAUAACAAUUAACAUACACACAUGAGGAAAUUUGGUUGGUUGUUCCUAUUCUGAAACGAGAGUGGGCUUUAAUAUAUUAAACACACAGGAUUGGUCUAAGGUUCGAAUGCAAUGAAUUGAGAAUGCUCCCAAAUGAAAUGUAUCAAAAUCGUAGUCCACCACGUGCACAUGUACAUUUUUUUUUCUUCUCUCUAGAGUGGACUUCGGCGCAUUAUGAUCUUACUUCUUUUUCAAUUAUAAUCAGGUGUUUAAAAAAAAAAAUUUUUUAAGGUAAGAAUCAUAAUACAAUAUUAUUGACCUGAUUAUUAUUUCUUUAUUCAUAAUUUGUUUUAUAUAUGUACGUUAUAUAGAUAAUUAUGAAAUAGAAGAUUAAGUUAUUUUAUCAAGUGCCCUUGCUUUGUAUUAUAGUCGUGUCUGUCGACAAAACUGCAGCUUUUGGGAGUAAGAGAGUUGUUAAAAUGUUGUAAGUUGUUGGUACAAUGAUGUGGGCACGGUAUUGAUCGUUCAAUACCCAAACACGAUUGGCAAAAGUAUGGUCAGAGGAGAAUACAUUACAAGUCUGAACAGAGUCUACUAUCAGA